CAGCUCCAGCUGUUGUAUCAGCAGCCUGCAGCUGUUAUCAGAGAGCUGCUGAGCUGAACUGAGAGGAAACACAUCCGGCCAUGACCUUACAGCUCAAAACCAAAGCCCGACUCUUCAACCUGCACUGCUCUGUGGGCCUGACGGACUGGGACAUGGACAAGGAGCUGAAACUGGCGACAACCACGGACCAGUUUUACCAUGAUGACAAACUGAAUGAUCAAUACGUGGUCCAGAGGCCUUCUGCAAGAGCCUCGAGAAGAAAAGAUGAAUUCAUUUGGUACGAUAAAACGUCAGACACCUUUGUGAAGCCAAACCUGUGGCUGUUGGUGAAUCCCAACAUCGCCUGCCCGAUCCAGUACGGAGAAAAUACAGCAGAUCUGCAGACUCACUAUGAACCUACUGAGGAAAUCCAAACACCUGUACUGAACCCUGCAGAGACCCAACGUCAGCCCACCACAGAGCACCGCAUGUCGGCUCCCCACGGUGCUCCUCUCAAGGAGGAGCUGCUGCACUCCUCUGAGUACAAGGGCAGCUUGAGACAGCAGGAAGCUGCAGAGAUCAAGAAGGAAGAGGCCUCCUGUCGACCAGCCAAGAACAGACGCAAGGGAAGAACCCCGAAGGCCAGGGACAGUAAGACCCUGAAGCCAGGAUGCUGGCCUCGUCCACCUGUGAACUACUGCAUCCUCAUCGCCUUGGCGCUCAAGAGCAGCCACACUGGGGGCCUCAAAGUCCAGCAGAUUUACAACUUCACCAGAGAGCACUUCCCCUUCUUCCAGACGGCUCCAGACGGCUGGAAGAACACCAUCCGACACAACCUGUGCUUCAACAACAGCUUCCGCAAAACCUGCAACCAGCUGUGCAGAGAUGGCAAGAGGAAGUCGUGUUUUUGGCACCUGACCCUGGACGGCCAUCGCCGGCUAAAGGACGAGAUCCGCACACUGUCGGCAGAAUCUUUCAAGCAGCUGGAGAGGAGCAUGUCCCGCCCAGGUGAUGACACAUUAAUCUGAGGGAGAGAAUUCAACAUCUCAAAACACAGAUGUAAUUCAGAGUUUAUUUGCACUGUGAUCAAAGAGUUUAAAUCAGUGCAUAAUAAAACUUUAUAUGCAGAACGUUUCUUCUCUGUUAUGCUGAAUAUUGUUUAUGAAUGUAUUCCGUUUAAUUCUUGUAAAUGUUUUGGAGAGCAUUUUGAUUUAGUUACUACAAAAGCAAAGUGCAGUCAGGUGAAGAUAUUUGCACGAUGUCAUCAGUUAAAUUUAAACAUCCCUAAAUAAAUAAAUAAAUACGUUUUUCAUGUAUACGAUCAAG